AAAAGCGUCCCUCUGGAAACACGGCGGCAAAACGGAACCAAAAAUCCGAACGGGAGGGACAAGUCGUGUAACGCCGUUGUCAACACGGCAGAGUUGUGAUCUGGUCUUUGCGUGAACGAAACGUCCAAUAGUUCCACAAGAUGGCUGAAGUGUCUGCAGACGCCGUCACCCUGGAUCUGCUGAGAGAAGCCAGAGAGACAGUGAUGAGCAGCCCACUAGGUGUCAUCAAAACUCCCAUGAUCCCCUGGUGUCAGACCAGCCUACCGCUCAACAUCAACUGCAACAUCCACAUCAAGCUGGAAAACAUGCAGACAACUGGGUCGUUUAAGAUCCGAGGAGUUGCUAAUCAGUUCGCCAGGAGACCCGCGGGCGGUCACUUUGUCACCAUGUCUGCAGGAAAUUACGGGAAGUCUUUUGCAUAUGCAUCAAAACACUAUGGGUCAAAGGGCAAAGUGGUGAUGCCUGAAACCGCUCCACUGUCCAGAUCCAUCCUCAUACAGAGUUUUGAAGUGGAGGUCGAGCGAGUUCCGACGGCCAAUCUGAUGAAUGUUGUCAACCGAUGUGUUCAGGACAACAACAUGACAUUCUUGCACUCGUACGAUGACCUGGACCUGAUCGCAGGACAUGCCAGUCUUGGUUUUGAGGUGCUGGAAGUGACCCCUAACCCAGAUGUUGUUGUGGUUUGCUGUGGUGGAGGGGGGCUGCUGGCUGGUGUAGCUGCAGCCAUUAAACUGUCAGGCUGCGACCAGACCAGGAUCUACGGUGUGGAACCAGAAGGAGCUUGCACCAUGUACAAGAGCUUCAUCGAGAAGACCCCAGUGGGCAUGGAGACCAGGAGCGUGGCCUCGGGCCUUGCACCACCAUUCGCAGGCCGGCUGCCCUUCGAGUUGUGCCAGCGAUACGUGGAAGGCAUCGUCCUGGUGAGUGAUGAGGAGAUCAAGGCAGCAGUGUCUGCCCUCUACAGGUCAGGGCUGGUAGUGGAGCCUUCAGGCGCUGCUGCCUUCGCUGCCAUCGUUAACGAGAAGAUUCAAGAAAUGGAGGGAAAGACCGAUGUGUGCAUUCUCAGCGGAGGAAACAUCGGGAAGGACGAGCUCGCCAACAUCCCAGACUGAUGAACAUCUGAAGGUCAACUUUCCUAGUCUGUACUUAAAGGUUUACUAUUGUAAGGACGUUCAAAUGUCAACAGUGAACGUGGGAAAUAGUUCUCAGAGACUGAGUCCAUAUUUAGCCUCAAAGGUUUUAUAUUUCCUUAUUUAUCUCUUUUUACCUGCCAUUAUUAUAAUAAUAUUGAUUAUAAAAUCAAUCAAUAAAUUUCAUUCACCGUCAACAUUGCAUUUUGAAAGGACUAAGAAGCAAUAAAAACUACCUCCAAA